AUGCCACCUAAAAGGAGGAAACUUUUGGGACGGCGCACGGCAGCUGCCUCCGCUGCUAGAGCAGCGAGGGCGAGUGAAACCCCUGAACAGACUUCUUUGCCACUUUCGUGUUUGGUCUCGAGCUCAGCUGCUCGCUUAUCUAUGGAAAGCGCCGCUGCGCGCACUGAAAAGUUGGCUUCAGCGGCUUCAACCAUGUCCGCACACCGCGCCAGGCUUUCAGUUGAAGAAUGUUCACUUCAGAAUUCACAGGACGCAGUCCAUGUGGCUAGGUUGAGGGCUUCACAGUCCCCAGCACAGAAAACCCUUCGUCGUUUGAAUACUAGGGCUACAGCCGCCUCUAGAGCUUCGGAACAACCCCAAGCUGCUGCUCAUCGUUGCAUUUCUAAUGCCCUAUUCACCGCGUCUGCCAGAGCCUUAGAAAGCCCUGCACAGACCACUGUUCAUCGUGUUAGAAAUGCCCGCUCCACUGCAUCUGCUAGAGCCCUAGAAAUCCCUGCACAGACCACUGUUCGUCGCGUUAGGAAUGCCCGCUCUACUGCGUCUGCCAGGGCUGCAGAAAACUCUGAAAGAGAGCCACCUCAGUUCCUACAAAUUUACUUUCUCGCUGACUACAACGAGCAGGUUAAUGCGCGUCUCGGCAUUCUGCCUAGCGAAUUUUCCGUCGGUCGCCGUAGAGACAUUCUGUUUCGUCUACAAGACAUGCUUCACGAAACUAACAGUUACAUCCGCAGCUUAAAGUUUGCGUUGCAAAACAACUCUUCGCCCUCUUUCAGCGUUGUCAUCGAUGCAGACAGACGGCUUCACGGUGAGCAUGAGCGUCGCUUCAAUGCUCCUGUAUGUAAUGAAAUCGCCGCAGUCAUCCACGGUGAGGAGCAUAACAGCCGUGACAUUGUCAUAAGGUACCGGGGCGGUGGUCUACUCCGUAUCAGUGAAACUCACCGUUCAUACGACUGUCUCCAGUACCCCCUUCUUUUUCCAUACGGAAGCGAUGGGUACCACUUCAAAAUCCCAAUAUACCAGGCAAUCAACGAUUCCAUAUCGACCUCAAAGACGGUCUCCUGUAGGGCUUACUACGCCUACGUGUUUAUGGUUAGGGAGGGUGAAUUUAACCACUUGCACAAGUGCCGUCAACUAUUUCUUCAAUUCGCUGUUGACAUGGCUGCAAAAAUGGAGUCGGAGAGGUUAGGAUUCAUCAUGUUAAACCAAUCCAAACUUCGAACCGACUCCUACAUUCACCUUCGUGAUGGUCUGCGUUCUGAUGGUGACCCACACAAUCUCGGCAAACCGUGCAUUUUGCCUUCCUCUUACACUGGUGGCCCUCGAUACAUGUAUGAAAGGACACAAGACGCAAUGAUCUAUGUCCGUCAUUACGGGAGGCCUGAUUUGUUCGUCACGUUCACGUGCAAUCUGAAAUGGGUUGAAAUCACACGCGAACUUUUUCCAGGCCAGCAGUACUCACACCGCCCUGGCCGAAUUUCCUGUGUUUUCCGGUUACAGCUGUGUAAGCUUAUGGAUUUAAUCCUUAAAGGGCAAGUCUUCGGACGCGUUAAGUGUCAUAUGUAUACAGUGGAAUGGCAGAAACGCGGUUUGCCUCAUGCCCACAUUCUGCUGUGGCUCAACGAUAAGGUUGACGCAAACAAAAUAGACGAUUUUAUUUCUGCUGAAAUUCCAGAUCCUGCUUUGGAUCCUUUGCUUCACAAAAUCAUCAAAAACUAUAUGAUACACGGCCCCUGUGGCGCGAAUUACGAAAAAAGGUUAUGUUGGUCAAGCGGCUCCACUUGCGCAAAGGUUUACCCCGUAAGUUUAUCUCAGAAAUGCAGACUGCGACGGAUGGUUACCCACUGUACAGAACUGAGAGCGGCAGAACUGUGA